AUGGCCACGAAUCCUCCUCCAUCUGAAGAUUACAUAGACAUUGAAGUGAACUCUAAUUUCUCUUACUUUUCAUGUUCUUCUAUAGUUUCUUCCCCUCAAAAUAGGAAAUUUGAGUUUCAAAUGGCCUCCAUUACAAACGACAAAAAAACCACAACUUCCUCAGCAGAUGAACUCUUCUACAAAGGCAAACUCCUUCCUCUUAACCAAAAAAUACUUCCCAACUCAAAAUAUUCCUUUGAAGAAGAAGAAUGGUUUAGCAUAAACUUGUUAAUCACACCCUCAGGAUCUUGUAGGGUGAGUUUGGAACUUAAUCCAAAUGAUCACUACUUUGAGUUGUCCACUGAUCAACUCAUUAAUAGUCCUAAGAAAGAGUUGUCAAAGACGCUCAAGCUCAUUAAACAAUCUUCACUUAGCCAAAAGAUUAAGGCUUCAAAGACAUAUCUCAAAUCUUUGUUUUGUAAAUCUGCUUCUACAUAUGAGAAUGAUCAGCAAAUUUCAAAUGGUAAUGAUAUGAUCAAGAUGUCCAAGAAAAUCCCAUUGAAAAAUAAUAGAAGAUGCGCAAGUCCAACACUAGCCAGUAUAAUAAAGAAUAUUGACAAGGAAAGAGCAGUGGAUAAUGUUAGUAGUAAUAAUCAUAGCAGGUCAUUCUCAGCAGCAAAAUUCAAGGGGCAAUAUCCAGCAAAAUGUUUGUCUUCCUCUUCAACUAAUUCCUCAUCUGGUGGUUCUACUUCUUUCUCAUCAUCUAAUUGUUUUUUCAACUCCAAUAAUGGCUUUUGUGAGUUGAAUUUACUAAAGAGAAGCAGCAGUUUCACUUCAGAGAUGGGUUCAAUUGAGGCUGCUAUUGCUCAUUGUAAAAAGUCCUAA